AGUGUAGCUGUGUGUAUGAAAAAAUGUGAUAAUAUAAUAUGUAUAUAUAUAUUAUAUAUUUAUAAUAAAUAAAAUGUGAUAAAAAAGUGCAAAUUUAAUAUAAAGUGAUACUGUGAUAAGAAAAAGUGCAAUUAUAAUAUUAAGUUAAUUAAAGAAAAAAAUGCCGUAUUGAAGAAAGAAAUGGAUCAACAACAGCCUUCGUCAUCAAGUGGCAUCGAGGAAAAGAAAAAGAAAUGUGUGAGAAAAAAAUUCCAGAAUGCAUGGCUAAAUAUGAAUAUUUUCAAAGAUUGGUUGGCAUCGUAUGAAGACGAUGAAAAAGUUCUCUGCACAGCUUGUAAUAAGAUGUUAAUAUGCAGAAAAUCAAAUUUAAUUUCACAUUCUAAAACAAAAAAGCAUGUAGAAAAUAUGAAGAGUCGUAAUGUCAGUUUAUCUGUUUCAUUGCCUGUUAAAUAUAAUAAUACUUACGUGGACCAUGUUACUAAAGUAAAAAUAGCGGAGAUAAAAUUAUCUGCCUUUUAUGCAACACAUAAUAUAGCUUUUGAAGUAGUUCAUGACAUGGUUCUUUUGCUAAAAAAUAUUUUUACAGAUUCACAGAUAGCUAAAGAUUUAACAUUGUCAUGGAGAAAGUGUACGCUAAUUAUUAAAAAUAUUUUGGCUAAACGCGAAAAUCCCGAAGUAGCUUUGUAUGAGGAAAAUAGAGUCUUAUUUCCAAAUUUAACGAAUGUAGCAAAACGUUUCGGAAUAUCUGACAUUAUGACUUUAUAUAAUGAAUGA